UCUCAUACCGUGAAAAGUAAAAUCUUACGACAAUGCCACCCAAGGCCAGCGGUAAAGCUGUGAAGAAGGCCGGAAAGGCUCAGAAGAACAUCGCCAAGUCUGACAAAAAAAAGAAGCGUAAGAGGAAGGAGAGCUACGCUAUCUACAUAUACAAAGUCUUGAAGCAGGUGCACCCUGACACUGGAGUCUCCAGCAAGGCCAUGAGCAUCAUGAAUUCAUUCGUCAACGAUAUCUUCGAAAGAAUUGCUGCUGAAGCUUCACGAUUGGCUCAUUACAACAAACGUUCAACCAUCACUUCUCGGGAGAUCCAGACUGCUGUUCGUCUACUUCUUCCAGGAGAACUGGCUAAGCACGCCGUUUCGGAAGGCACCAAAGCCGUUACCAAGUACACCAGCUCCAAGUAACUUGGCUGACGAAAAAAAAAAUCGGCCCUUUUCAG